UGUUUAUUAAUUUUGACAGUUUCGUUCUGUAUUUAUUGUCAUGUCUAUGAAUUCUGAUAAUAGUUAAUGAAUUUGGUUAACUGUUUAUUGUUCUUUUUCGUGUAGCGAAGAAAUAAUUACGGUGUUUCAGUUAAAAGGCAGUUCUUGGAAAAAAUUUAAAUCGUAAAUAGAGUCCAAAAAUUGUACAAAAUGCAUUGCUGUUGUGUUCCUCUUUGCAAUAGUUACACUGAUUAAAAUAUUCAAUUGUUCCUUAUAUCCCGAGGAGAUAGACACAAGCAAAGAAGAGUUUCAUUUCACGGAAGAUCAGUUUGAAAAUAUGGAGGUGCACAAAGAAAAAUCCUAAAAUCUUCAGCUGUGCCUACUGUGUUUCCCAAAGAGAAAACGACUCUUUUAGAAAGUUCUUUGAAUAACGAUAUUUCUGCAAUGGAAAUUGAAUCCGAUGUAAUACUUUCAGCGAAAGAAGAUGAUGGAGAGGUUAAAAAAAGUAAUUCUGUGACAUGCAGAACGUGCCUUUUGAAUAAAAAUAAAGAAAAAUGUUCUGUAAUGAAAGAGUUCCUUCACGGUGAAACAAUAAGACAAAUGGUGAUCAGAUGUGUUCCCGAAAUGUCUGAUACUAUCACAGAUGAUAAUCACAUUUGUGAUAAAUGCUUGAAAUGUCUCUUAAAAUGUUAUAAAUUCAUUAUGGCUUGUCUUGACGUUGAAUCAAAAAUACGAGAGGGAAAAGUUACUCUUAAAACUGAAAAACCCAAUGAAACUGAUGAAGAUUCCAAAAAAGGCAUGAAUGGCAAAAAACCAGAAAUUGUUACAAAAAGAAAAGGGAAUUCUCCACAAUUCAAAAUGGAUGACUCAAAUAAAGAAAAAACUAAAGCAAAAGUGUUGAGUUCAUCUUCAGAUUCUCAAAAAAAUAGCAUCAACCAAAAUGACGUAGAUGUCAGAAGUAAAAGGAGAAGAAAAACAAAAAUGAUCGAGGAUUCUGCUGCAGAGGAAGAUAUUGAAGCAUAUUUGGCAGAGGAACAGAAUAACUCUUCAAGUGAAGUUGAAAAAUCAGUGAGAACUGUUACCAAAAGACAAUCUAAAGCAGAAAAAACAAACAAUAACGGAAUUGAGCGAAAAAUGUCUAAACUAAAAAAGAAGUUCAAACAAACAGAAAAAGAAAAAUCCCCAGAAAUGAAAAUAAUUGAUAAGACUCUGGGAGUGGUUGCAAAAACUUACCAAAGAAAGAGAAUAUCGGUGAAUAAAGAAGAAAUUGAAGGGGUUCAGGCUUUGGCACAAUCAAGGAGUAUUGAACGAAUUGGAGGAGACAUUGAAACACCUCCAAAAAUAAAUUUGAGAACCUAUGAAAGGAAACGAAAAUUGUCAGCUGUUGAAAACCAAUUAUUCAAAGGGGAAAAUGAAAUAUUUGAAAAAGUGAUAAUGGAAUUUGAUAUGAGUUCCGAAAAUAUACCACAGGCAGAUUUGAAUAUAUGUGAAAAUAUUAUGAACGAAAGUAAUGAUUGUGAAAAUGAAAUCAAUGUCGAUCAUGAUUACAUUGUAAGAACUGAAUCUGAAAAAUUUUCGGUAUCAGUGGUUGGACAAGAAGUAUCUGGAACUCAAGAAAGUGAAGAUUGGCAAGAGCAGACAUGUAGAAAUGAAGACACAAUGGAGUUGAAGUGCCCAUCUUGUCAAACUCAUUAUAAAACAAGUAGAGGAUUACGUGAUCAUUUGAAAACUUUCCAUAAUAUCAAUGAAGAAGAUUAUAUAUAUCAUUGCCAAGUCUGUGAGGAAGAAUUCAAAAAUUCUGAGGAUAUGUUAGAGCACAGAAACUCUCACGGCUGGUGCUGCAGUUUAUGUGCAGAAAUAUUUUCUUCUGACCAAGAAUUGAAUUCACACAACAAGAAUCAUCCACAGAGUUAUACCUGCAAUCAGUGUAGUGAUACAUUUCCUUCAAAAUCUAUAAUGAAACAGCAUCAAUCGAUGCACAAAAUAAUAAGUGAUUUAAAACAGCGGAAAAAAAAGUCACCUCAAAAAAGAUAUCAUUGUGAUUCUUGUUCAAUGGUUUUUCGAUAUCCUACAAGGCUAAGGGUGCACAGAAAUAUAGUUCACCUAAAGCUGAAGAAUUAUAAGUGCCAUGACUGUGGAAAAAAAUUUGGUACAAAAAAUACAUUGCUGCUACAUCACAGGGUAAAACACCAAGAUCAAAAUCCAUUCCACUGUGAUGUUUGUGGAGAUUCCUUCAAGAGAAAAGACUACUUAAAAAAGCACUCUUCGGUUCACCACUAUGAACAACAGCAGUUUAUUUUAAGUACACUUGAUGAAACAAGUCGAGCCAACAUGCCUCUCCAGUUAUAUGGAAUCCCAAGGAAACAUAAAACAGGAUCUAAAAAACCCCUAAACACCUACACCAAAGUUAGAAAGUAUACAUGCGGAGUUUGUGGGUUGAAAUUCUUUCAUCAGCGGACUAAAUUUAUUCAUGAACGUUCCCAUAAUGUUGACCUUGAUAAAAAGUUUAUAUGCGUCUAUUGCUGGAAAAGGUUCGGUACUAAAGAAGGAUUAGAUGAACAUAAUAAACGACAUUUAAAAAUUUCCAAAAAUUAUAAAUGUAAGCUCUGCUCAAUGAUAUUCAAUCGGAACAUUCUAUUACAAAACCACAUUCUUGAAGUUCACACCUCUGAAGAUAUUCGGAAGCGAGAAUCAAACAUCCCUGUUUCAGUUGAUAUAUGAAAAAAUGUGCUGAUGGAACCCAAUCCUUUGUGAUAAUUUCAUCAAGGUAAAAAUGGAUUUUUAAGAAUUGAUCAUUGAAAACAAGUGAAUAAGAAAAGAAUUAUGUAAAUUGUAAUUUUAUUUAAGAAUUAAACUGAUAGUUUGGAAA